AGAAUUUUUAAUAUUUUGUUUUGUCUUUAUAAAUUUAGUAAGAAACGACUAAAAAAAAAAUAAAUUAGAAAUUAAAAAAAAGUAUAAAAAAAAUCCGAAUUCAGGAUUUCAUUAAUUUAACGAAUAUUAUAUACACGACACGUGAUUCAAAUACUUUAAUUUUCUUUGAAAGACUUUUGACUACACAAAGAACGCUUUAUAAGAUAUAAACAUUUUUAUUCAAGAUGUCUGUCAUAAGCGGAGGCUCAGAUUACGAUCGACUUCCUUUUGGUAGUAGUCCGUCAUCAGUGGUAUCAUAUCCCAUAAAUCAGGAUUAUCCAGGAGGAGCUCAAUCGGUCAUGUCUUCUGCAGUUACAGCUGCAAAUUCUAUAUUACCACCUGAACAAGCGAACAUUAAUUUUAAACCUACUACAACAGCAGUAACAAAAAUAUCUAAAUUAAAAUUACACGUUUUAUUGGAUUCAACAAUUUAUACAGCUGGUGGUAUUUUAACUGGAAGAUUGGCAUUGACAAGUUCUACUGCACGCUCAAUAAAACUUGGUGAAAUUUCUGUAGAAUUAACCGCUUUUGAAGAAUUAUCUGUUAAAGAAUAUACUGCUUCACAAUCUUUUUUGUCUUCUAGAUUAGUUUUUCAAAGUGAAAAUUUACCACCUUCUAAUGCUGUACAUGGUCCAAAAGAUAAUGGUUAUUGGACGGCCAAAAAAGGGAAAACAACUUUUCCUUUUGCUUUUAAAAUACCUGUUGAUGCACCAAGUUCUGUUACAUAUGCAAGUUUGGCAUCUCUAAAAUAUGUUGUAACUGGGGUUGUUCAAUUCUUCAACAAUAAUAAAGCAGAUACGCUUUUUAAAUCAAAAGAAGCUCUUAUCGUUGAAGCUUGGGAUGGUCAAAACCCAAUUUACAAACAACCCGUAAAUGAGACUAAUAUGAAACAGUUAUGGAUGGGUGGAUCAGGUGCUGUUACCUUAGAAGGAACAUUAUCAGAAACAUUAUUUCAAAGUGGUGGAAAUGUAAGUGUUCAAGUGAGAGUGAAAAAUGAAACUAAGAGAAGGGUAAUGUAUGAUUUUCCUGUUUUUCUUAAUUUUAAUAUUUGUAAAAUUUUGUUUAACUAAAUUUUCAAUUAAUUUUAGGUUCAAGGAAUAAAAGUAGCCAUUACACACAAACUUUUAAUUUUAGCUAAUAAACAUAAGAAAGAAAUUGAUGAUGUUAAAGUCGUUGGAGAUACAAUUACCGAAGAAUGGUUUAAAAAUAAAGACUUUUUAUUUGAUUGUGGAGAGGAUCGUU